AUGUUCCGACUUGUAAAUAGGGCGACCGUGAUCGCUAGCGUGGUCUCGUUCCUAGGUCACUGCCCUGUCACUGCAGCUGAUCAAUCCUCAAGCACAGAUCCUAUUGUUGUGGAUGGAAAAACAUUUGCGCUCAAUGGUGAUCAUGUUUCCUACCGCUUCCAUGUGGAUAAUAGUACUGGGGAUUUGCUAUCCGACCACUUCGGUGGCAGCGUAACGGGCCCCAUUCCCACUGAGAUCACAGGCGCUGUCAACGGUUGGGUUGGGAGACCAGGUCGAAUUCGAAGAGAAUUUCCAGACCAAGGCCGAGGAGAUUUCCGUAUACCCGCUAUACGUAUUCGGCAGACCGAAGGAUAUACUGUAUCCGACCUUCAGUACAGGUCUCAUGAGACGAAGCGUGGAAAGCCAACCUUGCCUGGUUUACCGUCGACAUUUGGAGACGAAGAUGAUGUGUCCACACUGGUAAUACAUUUGUAUGAUGACUAUAGCGAUGUCGCAGCAGCUUUGUCAUACUCCAUUUUCCCCAAACAAGACGCAAUUGUCCGGAGUGCCAGCAUAAAGAACAAAGGAAAGAGCAACAUUACAGUCGAGUCACUUGCAAGUUUGAGUGUCGACUUUCCAUAUGAAGAUUUGGACAUGAUUAGUUUAAGAGGAGACUGGGCAAGAGAGGCUCACCGUGAACGGAGAAAGGUCGAAUACGGGAUUCAGAGUUUUGGAAGCUUAACAGGCUACGCUUCUCAUCUUCAUAACCCAUUCGUGUCCAUUGUGAACCCAGAGACCACCGAAUCUUCCGGCGAGGCAUGGGGUUUCUCCCUAAUUUACUCAGGAUCGUUCUCCGUUGAGGUCGAAAAGGGCUCACAGGGCUUCACUCGCACUAUGCUCGGACUCAAUCCCAGCCAAUUAUCUUGGAACCUUGGUCCAGGUGAGAACUUGACUUCGCCAGAAUGCGUUGCUGUCUACUCGAACAAUGGAAUCGGAGGGAUGUCUCGCUCGCUGCACCGGCUAUACCGAAACCAUCUUAUCAAAAGCAAAUUCGCAACUGCUGAUCGCCCAGCAUUGCUCAACAGCUGGGAGGGACUUGGUUCGACUUUCAAUGAGAGUACUAUCUAUGAGCUAGCCCGGGAGUCAGCAGAUCUAGGUAUCAAAAUGUUUGUUCUGGAUGAUGGUUGGUUCGGCGACAAGUAUCCUCGAACCUCUGAUACCGCAGGUCUUGGUGACUGGGUGCCCAACCCACGACGAUUCCCUGAAGGUCUCGCACAUGCUGUGAAUAGCAUCACAGAUCUCAAAGCCGCUAAUACAUCAACGAAUCUGCGAUUCGGAAUUUGGUUUGAGCCCGAAAUGGUGAAUCCCAACUCUAGCCUUUAUCACGAGCAUCCGGAUUGGGCACUCCAUGCAGGAUCUUACCCUCGCACACAAACUCGAAAUCAAUUGGUCCUUAAUGUCGCCCUUCCAGAAGUCCAGGAAUUUAUCAUUGAGGCUGUGUCGAACAUCCUCAACAGUGCGGACAUUACAUAUGUCAAGUGGGAUAACAACAGAGGAAUCCAUGAGAUGCCCUCCCCAUCGACGGAUCACCAAUACAUGUUGGGACUGUACCGUGUUUUCGACAACCUGACAACUACAUUCCCCGAUGUUUUAUGGGAAGGCUGUGCGUCUGGCGGUGGUCGAUUUGAUCCAGGUGUGCUGCAGUACUUCCCACAAAUCUGGGCUUCGGAUGAUACCGAUGCCAUUGAGCGUAUCACUAUUCAACUCGGAACAUCGCUCGCUUACCCACCAAGUGCAAUGGGUGCGCAUCUCUCCGCUGUUCCAAAUCAACAAACCGGUCGGACAGUUCCAGUUGAUUUCCGCGGCCAUGUUGCAAUGAUGGGGGGCUCAUUCGGUUUGGAGCUCGAUCCGGCAAAUACACCCGAGGCCGACCGGGCUGCUUUGCCUGGCCUCAUUAAACUUGCAGAAAAGGUCAACCCGAUAAUUCUAAAGGGUGACAUGUACCGAUUAAGCCUACCCGAAGAUUCCGACUGGCCUGCUGUACUUUUCAUUUCCGAAGACAGUAGCGAGGCAGUUCUGUUCUAUUUCCAACUGAACCCCAGAGUGGACCAAGCUAUUCCAUGGGUCAGGAUGCAAGGACUGGACCCAACGGCCAUGUACAGUGUUGAUGACAAUGCUACAUACUCUGGAGCAACUCUGAUGAACCUUGGCCUGCAGUUCCCAUUCGAUACUGAAUAUGGAAGCAAGGUGGUGUUCCUUGAGAAGCAGUGA